AUGAUUCUUCUCUUGUUGUUCACUACACUCUCGUUGUGGUUGUUCCAUGAAUUGUACUGGAAACGAAGGAACUAUCCGAAUGGACCGUUGCCAUUACCGGUUAUUGGGAAUAUGGUCCCAAUCAUGAAGCUUAAUAGCUUCACAUGGUUCAAAUAUCCCUAUAUUUCAUUCAUUCCAGGUACCAAACCCUACAUCGUCGUUUCCUCCUACAAACGUCUCAAAGAAACUUUCAUCCUUGAUGGUGACACCUACGCUGACAAAGCCUAUCAACCAUUUCAAGAACAAUUCCGUGGAGGCCAAUACGGAGUCAUCGAUACCAAUGGACACGUUUGGAGCACCCAUCGCCGAUUUGCUCUCACCACAUUCAGAGACUUUGGACUUGGAAAGGACUUGAUGCAACAAAAAAUUCUAAUUGAGGUUGAUGAAAUCUUUCGGAAAUUUGACGAAAAUAUUGGAAAGGAGCAAGAGAUUCCAGGAGUUUUCUAUAACGCCGGAGCCAAUGUGAUCAAUCAAUUGAUUUUUGGAUAUCGUUUCGAUGAGGAAAAGCAGGAAGAACUGAAGAAGCUGAAAGCGCUGAUGGAAUUCCAAGAGACUGCUUUUACCACUUUCAAGGUGCAAGUUCAGUUUUUCGCGCCUAUCGUGGGAAGGAUGCUGCCAGGAAAAUCAGUGGAAGAGUUACUCGCUGAGUUCACAGUAGAUUUCUAUAAAUUCUUCGAUCACCAAAUUGAGGAGCACCGCUCGAAAAUCGAUUUCGACUCUGAAGAAAAUCUCGACUACGCUGAAGCUUAUCUCAAGGAGCAAAAGAAGAAGGAAUCUGAAGGAGACAUGGAGCUCUUCGGUAAUCGACAACUAUCUAAUAUGUGUUUUGAUCUCUGGGUAGCUGGAUUAUCCACAACUCAUACCACUUUGUCAUGGAUCAUCGCAUACGUUCUCAACCAUUCAGAAGUUCAAAAGACGAUGCAAAUAGAGUUGGAUGAAGUGAUUGGAAGUGACAGGCUUAUCAGCACUGGUGAUAAGAAUAAUCUUCCAUUUAUGAACGCUGUGAUCAAUGAGUCUCAAAGAUGUGCAAAUAUUGUACCACUUAAUCAAAUUCAUUGUGUUUCCAAAGACACUAUGAUCAAUGGGGUGCUGGUGAAGAAGGGUACAGGAAUCAUUCCUCAGAUUAGUACAGUACUACUUGACGAGACAACCUUUCCGGAUCCAUAUAAAUUCAAUCCAGAGAGAUUUAUCGAUGAGCAUGGGAAGCUGAAAAAAGUUGAGGAGCUUUGCGCAUUUUCAGUUGGCAAGCGACAAUGUCUCGGGGAAGGACUAGCGAGGAUGGAAAUGUUUCUUUUCAUUUCCAAUUUCUUUAAUCGGUAUCAGGUAACACCCGGCUCGUCUGGUCCUCCAAGUCUGGAGAAGGAGACGAUGUUCAAUGCAACACCACGGAAGAUUCGUGCGGUUUUGACGAAAAGAUAUUUGUAA